CAUCAUCUCAUCUAUCUAUCCUACGUUGUUGCUUCCGAUCCAUACGUCAUUUAUUAAUUCAUGGAAGGAGACGAGCCGCCGCCGCCGCCGCCGCAGUUGAUAUCCAACGCCAACGACCUGCCGCCGCAACUCUUCUCCUUUCCGUCCACUUCUUCCUUGCAAGCUCCGCCGCCUUAUUCGUUGUUGAGCCCUUUACUGCCGCCGACGAUGCAAAGCUCGGCUCAGCUCGGCCCGGAAAUCGAUUGGGUCGGGCUUCUUUCGGGCUGUAUGGAUCAAACUACGCAGGCGCAGGUGGUAUUGAGUGAAAAUGGGAAUAAGAGUAAAGGGAAGUUAGUUCAGAAUGGUAAGAAGAAAAACUUUCCGCCCAGAAUUGAGUUUCAUACGAGGAGCAGUGAGGAUAUUCUUGACGAUGGAUUUAAAUGGAGAAAAUAUGGCCAAAAAUCUGUCAAAAAUAGCGCCCAUCCAAGGAGUUAUUAUCGGUGCACACACCACACAUGCAAUGUGAAGAAACAAAUUCAGAGACUGUCAAAGGAUAGAAGCAUUGUGGUGACAACUUAUGAAGGCAUUCACAAUCAUCCUUGCGAGAAACUUAUGGAGACUUUAAGUCCACUUCUCAAACAACUUCACUUCCUUCCCAGAUUCUAAUUUCUAAUACAAAGUACUAUACUACAUACACACCUCCUCAAUUAUAUUGCCUACUGCUAAUUCGGUCUACUUUAAUUAUACAUUAUAUUAUUAAUCAAUCAAUUCCUCAAGGGGAGAAUUGAAGUGAUUGAUCUCUGCUAAUAUAUA